CUUCCUGUCCUCUUUCGCUUGACUGCGGAAGUGGAUACAGACGGCUCAGGUUGGUCGGAACUUAGGAGCUUUGCGCGUGUGCGCUCGUAAUUGCUUUCGCCUGGAAAGAUGCCUGGAUUGGCGGCCGCUAUCCCUGCCCCGCCCGAGGCUCAGGAGAAGAAGCCUCUGAAGCCCUGCUGUGCCUGCCCGGAGACCAAGAAGGCGCGAGAUGCCUGCAUCAUUGAGAAAGGCGAAGAGCACUGCGGACAUCUCAUUGAGGCCCACAAGGAGUGCAUGAGAGCGCUGGGAUUUAAGAUAUGACAUGGUGGCCUACUUUGUGAAUGAGUAAUCCCUGAAGAAUGAAGAAGAUUAAAUAUUUUGGAAGUGGAUAAAGCAUUUAUAAUUUAUUAAAAAACAGAAGGAAAGAAAACGUGA